AUGGCUAAUAAUAAUCGGCUGUUGGGUUUUAGGUUUCGCCCUACAGAUCAAGAACUCCUCAGUUACUUCCUCUACAAGAAAGCGAUAACCAAGGAUCAAUUAAUGGCGUCGUAUUACAGCAACAUUGUGCAUGAGUUCAAUUUCCUGGGCGAAACAGAGCCCUGGGUGGUCUGGGAUCAGUUCGGAGGGCCUGGCCUGGUCGACGAAGACCUAUAUUUCUUCUCCGAACUCAAGACUUUAAGCCAAAAGGGUAAGCGCAUCAAACGCAAGAUUGAGGCCGGAGGCACUUGGAGAGAAGCCUUCUCGAAAAAGAUUUACGACAAGACGACCGGAAACCCUAUCGGGCAAAAAAGGAAUUUGCGCUACGAGAACCAAGGGUGCGAGCACCACGGCAAGUGGCUACUAGAAGAAUACAGUCUUCUUGAUAAAGAGGCGCAGAAGAUUGUGCUCUGCCGACUUAAAAAGAACAGCAGGGUUUCGAACAAGAGGAAUAAUUCAACUCAAGAAUUUAAGGAGAAACCCUCAAACAAGAAGGCAAGAAAAGAAUUGGCAUCGGCAACGGUCAAGAUUGAUGAUGAGCAACCACAGAGAUCUUCUAGCCUAAGUAGCGUCGUAAAUAAUCAUGAUCAAGAGUUGAUAUUCGACAUUAAUUAUAAUGCGAUUUCAAAUUAUCUUUGUAGUGAUGAUCAAGAUAACAUCGAUGAUCCGUUCGACUAUGGUUGUGUUACUGAUGAAGAAUAUGCUAUCGGCAUGGAUGCAUUGUUGGGAACACCACCAUUGUCACAGGAGCUGCCUCAUAUGGCCGAAACCCUACGGGUAGAGGCUAUGAACUCAAGUGGUUUGGAGAAUAUAUGCAAUCAACAAUUAGAAGACAUCACAUAUUGGUUCAACAAUUAG